UUAUAGUGGGACUGUGCGAAUAUGGUGGGCAUUCUGACACUGGGUGGGAACUGACUAACUGCCACUAACAUCCCCAGUGACACUAAUACAGUCAACAGUGCUAAUAAAAAGCACUGACACUGUAAUAAUGACACUGGGCAAGAAGGGGUUAACAUCUGGGGCGAUCAAAGGGUUAACUGUGUGCUGCACGUGUUCUACAUUGUGUGCGGUUUUACUUGGGAGACAUGCUGCUUUGUACCUCUCUGCUGUGCAGAGAUACAAAGCGGCAUUUCCAGGUCUCUCCCCUGUCAGCUUCAUCAAUGAUCACCGAGUGGUGGCUGGGAAUCGCCAGCCGCCAAUA